UGUCGACAUACUCAACACCGAGACCGGUGCCAUGUUCUCUUUACCGGGGCGACAAGCUCGCCGUUUACCCGGCAUGGGCGCCUCAGUAUAUCGUACUGUCGAAUGCUACCAAAUGUUAGGCUAUUCCAGACUGUUCGGCACGUCAGACCUGUGCGCGUUUGACGACAGUCGUCGAACUUGGGUCGAAGGAGGAGAGGUAGACAAGGGUACUGCGCAGAAGCUGGCGGCAGCAGGUCAGAUGUGGAGAUGGACAAGCCCAACGGGAACAUGGGAGGGGUCUGCCUUAUCAAUUAAAGUUUGUGAGGCUGUGCAAGGACUAAAGCAAGCGACCGCAGGUCUGUUGCAGCAUUGGGCAUCCCCACUAGCCCUUUCCGGAGCAUUCCCGUUCGUCUUGCCGGGAGUUGGACGACCGGCAUUGUUGCCACAGUCGCCAGAGCAUGACCAGGGGUGCGAGGAGGACGAGGACGAGGAGGAAGAAGGGGUAGAUUUGAUGGGGGGGUUAUUCGAAGGGGGCGUUUGGGCCACUAGCGUGAAGCGGAAGCGCGUUACGAAGAUGAGGAAGCACAAGUGGAGGAAAAGGCGGAAGCUCCAGCGCCAAUCGGCGUCUCGUAACAAGUAGCUAGGUUGCGGGCAUUACGUGUUUGCGCUCCUUGCUCUCCGUGGGCUGUGGACCUUGAUUUUUCAUCCUCUCGUCUCGGUGAUCUGGACUGAGCCGUAC